UUUAAUUGUAAGAAAUGUGACAAGGCGUUUAGCCAAGCAGGAAGUCUAAAAAGACAUGAAAGAAUACACAGUGGUGAGAAGCCGUUUAAGUGCAAGCAAUGUAACAAGGCCUUUACCCGGGCAGAAAUUCUGAAAGUCCAUGAAAGAAGACACACAUGUGAGAAGCCAUUUAAGUGCAAGCAAUGUAACAAGGCCUUUAGCCAGGCAGGAAGUCUCAAAGUACAUGAAAGAAGACACACAGGCGAGAAGCCAUUUAAGUGCAAGUAUUGUAACAAGUCCUUUAGCCAUGCAGGAAAUCUGAAAGUACACGAAAGAACGCACAGUGGUGAGAAACCGUUUAAGUGCAAGCAAUGUAACAAGACCUUUAGCCAGGCAGGACAUCUGAAAGCACAUGAAAGAAUACACACUGGUGAGAAGCCAUUUCAGUGCAAGCACUGUAACAAGACCUUUAGCCAGGUAGGACAUCUGAAAGCACAUGAAAGAAUACACACUGGUGAGAAGCCAUUUCAGUGCAAGCACUGUAACAAGGCCUUUAGCCAUGCAGGAAGUCUGAAAGUACAUGAAAUAACGCACAGUGGUGAGAAACCGUCUAAGUGCAAGCAAUGUAACAAGACCUUUAGCCAGGUGGGACAUCUGAAAGCACAUGAAAGAAGACACACUGGCGAGAAGCCAUUUCAGUGCAAGCACUGUAACAAGGCCUUUAGCCAUGCAGGAAAUCUGAAAAAACAUGAACGAAUACACACGGGUGAAAAACCUUUCAAGUGCAAUCAGUGUAACAAGGCCUUUUGUUGGAGGAAAUCUCUUAAAGCACACGAAGAAAGACACCGUUGCUGGAUUUGUCUUAUGAUGAUUAAGACCAAGGCGCUGCUUCUUCAACAUUAUGAUGACCAUAUGAGGUUACUGGACCCAACAUCGUAGAUUUAAUCAACGUAUUCAACAUUGUGUGACUUAACUUUGUAUAAUGGUUUAUUAAUAUUUCCUUGUAAAUUUAAGCUAAUCAACAAAAAGUCAAUUUACUUUGGAUCUGGGUAAUCUUCUGGUUGCUUAAAGUAAUUUUCCCAAUUGUUUGAAGUGUUAAUGUUCUUCCCAGUUAGAACCGACUCUCAACACUAAAAGGGGGUAUCAAAAAUGUAGUUGCUUUGUUUCAAUUAACGCGAAAAUUUAAGGAAAAUUUUAUUACAGGGCUAUUGUUCAAGGCUUGUAGAAAGUGGAGUGUGGAAAAAAGUUCCACACAAAACACUAUUUGAGUUUUUUUAAAAGUGGCAAGUUUUUUCAAGCAGGAGUCGAACCAGGAUUUCGUUUAAGAAAAGUUCAAAAGUUAUGCUUUUUAUAGCGAAUCAUUUACACCGUUUACCGCCAUUACAAGUUAAUUUCUGGUAAGCGCGCGACCCUUGUAUUCUCGUAGUUUCAGUUUCCGGUUUGAUUGGUGCAUUUAGUGGUGGUAGAGUCCUUGGACACUUAAGACACUUAAACUGUUUUCUGUAAAUAGACGCGGAAAGAGUUUCUUAACAUUUACAGUCUAGCCUCAAUUUUUGUGGUUUCGAUCAUUUGCAAAAAAGUUCAGUUUCACCUUCUUGUUCGAUUGAUGCUUUUAGGGACUGAAGUCUCUCAGGAACCUGCUGUUUUGUUUUCCUUGAAAAAGGUAACAAGACAGUUCCUAUGGUGUCAAUCAUUUGAAAAAGGUUUACAUUUGGAACCUUUUUGUUUUCGGCUCAUAUAGUUUGUGGCCGAAGCACAGCGAAGCAAAAGAAAUAUAACUUGUGGAUGUUUUGUACGGUAGACUAAUGGUUUGAAGAUAUACUGCGUUGUGUGUCAGAACGUUCUCUGUUGACGAGUGGCCUUUAAAGGAAAUUUAAAAGUGUAACAAAAUGAUUGUAGCGAUGAGGCCGCACGAAAGUGAGAGUUAUUCGUUACUCGCAAAGCAGCUAUUUGCGUGGCCUUAUCCUUAUAAUAAGUUGAGUUUUUUGGCAUUCCUUAUUAACCGUUAUAGUGUUGAGGCAGUUCUAUUUAUCGGUCAUUUUCCCGGUAAUCACAUCAUUAUAGAUGAUUCUGAUCACUGGGGUGAUUACAUUAGUGGUUAAAUUUUGAGGCAGCAUUGUCGUUAAUAUUUUUUUAUAUUUAGGAGCGGUGUUAGGUUUGGAACUUUGACGCUUAAAAUUUUUAUUUGUACUGUUAUCUUGUAGACGUGUCGCUUUCGUGACAAAGAAAACCUUUUUUUUUGUGGUUCCGUUUUUGAGCCUGUUUUUGCUUAUGUUUAUUGUUAUGCUUAUUUUGUGCAAAAAUGGAAAAUACAGUGUUUGGUUUGAAGUAAAAUGCUCUCUAGACUAUUAUGUUUUACAUAUUAGACAGCCUAGAAAGUGUUAAUAUUUUCGCCACGAGUGUGCGUCGGAAAUGCGUUUCAGUUGUUGUUUUUUUUUUUAUCGUCAAAGGCUUGCUUAUUUUCCUGCCCCCGGUUGUCCAAACGUUUGAUCACGGUGCUUUCUUCCAGACAAAUCACUACCCGGUGGAUAAAUAUUGGGGGAAAAAAUCACGUUAUGCGCUAGAGAGAUCUUUAUACAAUGGAUAGCGCUUGAACGCUAGGGCCUAAAGUGAUCAUUGAAUUCAUUAAAUUAAUCUUACAACCUUGGCCGUUGUUUUUACAGUGCUAGGAGUUCUUUAGGAUAUAUAUUAGAACCCCAUCCAGUUCCUUACGCCACCCGAAAAGAGGUUUAAAUACCGAACAAAUGUUGUACUUUGCCUCGUCGUCGCAUUGGCAUUUGCCAGGAGAAACACGUACGGAUUGUAUUUACAUCGAUCUUGCAUUACCGAUGGACUUCACAGUCGUCUCUUUCACGUUAGCUGUCAACAACCAUGGUUGCGGUUGGUUGAACUUAAAAAUCAUACCUACCAUUUGCCAGUUUCUCUAAGCUAAUACUUUUCUUUGUAAAUAUUAUAAGUUUUUAAGCUUUAAAAGCCCAAACACACGAUCGCACGCGACAUCAAACAACACCCUUGCAUCCGCCGUUUUAAAUCUGUUCCUGGAAAACAAACUUAUGCUGCCUGCUCGAUUUGAGCUGGUAACAAUCUGAUUGGUGGAAAUUGCGCAAUGUUUGUUUGCGCAAUGUUUGUUGACGAUCAACAUUCAACGGUUACUCUGUACCAGUGUGAUAAAGUUGCAUGUUAUUAAAGACGCUAUCUAGAGUUACGGUUCAUUAUCUUUUAUUACCAACUUUAAUUUGUUUGUAAAUGCAAAAACAUUAGCUGACUUCAGUACGUAUUUCAAGGACGUAAUUGGAUACCACUAUUGUCAAUUCAGUCCACAUCCGCUUAAUAGAGGUGUCCGCUGAAUAGGGAUUCGUAAUAAAGGGAAAUAUCAGACGUUCGUUUCGGCACCCGGCUUAGUGUCCCCUUGAUAGAGGGUGUUCUGAAAUUGUGCAGGAAAAAGGCAAUUUCAGAAUAUAUUUAGUGGCACACCUCUAUGUCCUUUCAAUUUUUGUAAUUAGUUCGAUAGACUGAGGAGCCCAAAUUGGGGUUCCAUAGCCGAAAAGAGAUCUAACUAAAGUGAGAUAAACCGAUCGCCUAACGUCAGUGCUUCGUGUGAAUCCAGUAUUACGUCUAAUGUAACCUAACAGUUUAUUUGGGCGACACGGCUGCUCAAACAUUUGUUUGCUCUAUGUGAGGUCGUAAGCGACAAGGACUCCUAAGUCACACUCGGUAACCACUGACUCUAGAACUUUCCCUUUGAUGGUGUACGAUGACUCGAUUGGCUUCAGUUUCCUGGAUAUUCUCUGAGCCUUGGAUUUUGUCUCGUUAAAAGUGAGACCGGAGUCUUUUGACCAAGCGUCGAGUCGAUUCAGAUCCGACUGGAGAGACACAACAUCAGCAACAGACUUGACCUCUUUCAAGAGAUCUUUGUGUCGUGGGCAAAUAUAGCGACGUUACUCUCCUUUACCACAUCCGGAAUUUCGAAGGUUCGUUUGACGGGAGGAACUCCUCUAGCACCGGCGGUAAAUGAAUCCGGCCACAACUUAUAUCUCCAAGAAACUUUCCGUUGUGAGAGAUUGUUUUUGUUUUACGUUCAUUUAAAUUAUUAUCCCUUGGACUUGUGUCUAUGCCGUAUUUACUUGAUAAAAUGCCGUCAUCGGUGAUUACAACUGAAGACUGGUCAAGUGUACCCCCAGAAUUUCAUUAGUGAAGAGAUCAUUUGAAGAAAUGAAUGUGUUAGUCGUUGCCUCAACCAGCCUCAAAUUCAAAUCUGUUUUCCUGCAUGCGCAUAAUGAACAAUGACUUUUUUAAGAUAACUUCUCCGUAUUCGCGUUUGCGGCAUAAAAGCAUGCAGGAACCCGGAUCCUUAACUGGAAUCCGGAGUUGGUACUUGUUCUGUGACAUCCAUAGCACUUGCGGAAAACCCUCUGUAUUCUAUAAGAUUUAAACAUCUCUUUUUAAAAUGGAUAAAAUUGCUUUAAGGACGUUUACAUCAAUUUCAAGAAAACCGACCUGGAAGAAAUUUCAUAACUACCUCGCGUGUAAUUUCACUGCUCAUUAAGUACGCAGGAGUGGAGAAAUUGAAACGGAAAUUCACAACCAAAGGCCGAUUUAAAAGCUUCCAAUAAUGAAAUUAUUAAUUCAGUCUUGGUGGAGAGGGGAUGGUAGUACGCUUUACUGUAACUCCGCAGAUGGAAAACUAUCCUAUAAUACCGCUCCCAUUCAGAACAAUCCAUCAACGCUGUGUAGAAAGCAAUCAAUCAAUAAACGGGGCCGCGGCGUUUGUUCAAAGAUUAUGCGUGAAGCACUUGGGACAACUUAAUCUACAUCAUCCAGACAAUAACUAUUCCAUCUCAGCAAAAAAGGGACACAUUGGAACUUUAAAAAUCUUUCUGCUUUACACUAAUGUUUCUAAAUAAAUUCUCGUAAUUGUUGUCAGUAAUUGUGACAUUUUUAAAAUACAAUAAUUUUUAAUAUCGGACACUCUAGAAAUGUUUACAUAAACAGUGGGGGGGGGGGGGGGGGUUAAUGGAAUAACUGAUGGCGUAUAUUUUUGAAUUAAAACAAAUAUUUCUGUCAGUUCGGACCAUCUUGAACGCGAUGGGAACUGGGAAUGGGGGUUUUUAAGAAGAAACAAAGGAGCAUGGGAAGACAUGGGAAAGUCGCCAUCUUUGCUCGUGAAACGUUCACAGAUGAUGACAUUGAGAGGUACGUGUAUUAGUUGUAUGUUUUACGAUCCGGAUAUAUAAUUGAACUAAUAGACUUAAAUGUGGAGAAAUCAGACAUUUUUUGCCAAGCUGUAUUACCAGCUCAAAAACAAACGAUGAUAACAGUGAAGCGUAAGCUAGCAUUUAGGUUGCGUUGACAUCGAUUUAAUAUAAUAUUUAUUUAAACCGCACAAGAAACUGUUUGGUGUUGAAAGCAGACUUUGAAGGUAAAAGGAAAUGUGAAAAAAUAUCAAUUUUGCUUUAGAUUCAAAGCUAUCUUAAGUUAUUUGUGUCAUGUUGAUGUUUUGUAACUCUUACUAUUUAUGUGAGUGAUGUCACCCUGGCGUGCUUCUUUAUAUUUCAUUUGAGGUUAUGGACUCAUUACAUCUGAUCUAAAUUCUCCAUGGAUCUGGAGGAGAAGUAUUUCCGUUCUUGGUCUCUUGUUUUUGCCCUAACAUUGGUGUUGUUUUUUUGGCUGUGGGCAUUCCAUUUAUAAUUCAAUAACCAAACCACCUCCACUCACAUGGCAAUUACGUUGACGAGUUGUUUUGAUGUUACUGUUAACAUUAAGAAAAUGUGACUUUUUCCUUAAUGUGCUGGAAAAAUUGUAUUAAUGCACAUGCAUAUGUGUUAUCUCUCCUGAAUACUUCAACCUUCUCCUGUUCUCCUUAUGGGUCACAAAAGGACCCCGAUAAAAUAGAACUCUAAGCCUUUUUUUGGAAUUGAGCCCAUUUAAUUCCCACUUUGGUGCCCUCCAUUCAUAUUAGGGUUUUUGCGGGGGAGAACUAUUUCGUUAUUACGGUUAUAAGAGCAAUUUUUGAUGCUUUUUGCUUCAUGUAAGACAUUGUAUAAUGUCCUGAACUGGGUUUGUGAUUAUUAGAUGGAAUGACCCUGUGAAUCAUAUGUAGCAUUUUUUGCCCAUCGUCAUAUUUUCUACCAUAUCUUGUAAACAACUUAGUUUUUUUGGUUUUCAAAGUAGCAACAUGACAUCUUGCAUAAUUUCACCAUCCAUGUUAGCAUGUAUCUUUUUGUGUUUGUUGAAACAUGCAUAGCACCAAAUAGACUCUGUGGUCAGUUUUUAAUUAUCAGCCGUUUGGAGGAAACUUCUCAGCUUUUUGCACAUUGUGUCAGCCUCGUUGAAUUGUGGUUCUUUUGAUAGGCAUGUUGGGACAUUAUUGUCUAGGGCACCAAAAACAGUUUUGAAAGGUUUCUCGAAAUGUAAACAAAUGUUAAGUUUUUACAGGGCUGUCACUUUAACUUCACUUUGCUUGGUAUAUGCAUUUAAUAGGCGGGAAUUGAACAAACAGGAAGUGUUUUUUGUCUGUUUUCUUGCUCGUAUUGGCUAAGGAAAUACCCGGACCCCGGCUGUUAGUAACAGUGCUGCUUUCAUAGUCUGAAGAUGAAUAUACAUGUAAUAUUUUUUUUUGUAGGUGAAAUUUCCAAAGCAUUAGUAGCAACUUUAAUGCAUAUUGGACUAUUAUAGAAGAAAAAGGUUAAGUGUUUGCACCCACACCCACAGGUAAGAGGGCCUUUAGGCAGGCAGGAAAUCUGAAGGUACAUGAAAGAAUACACACUGGUGAGAAGCCAUUUACGUGCAAGCAUUGUGUCAAGGCGUUUAGCCGGGCAGGAAGUCUGAAAGAACAUGAAAGAAUACACACUGGUGAGAAGCCAUUUAAGUGCAAGCAAUGUAACAAGGCCUUUAGCCAGGCAGGAAAUCUGAAAAACAUGAACGAAUACACACCGGUGAGAAGCCAUUUACGUGCAAGCAGUGUAACAAGGCGUUUAGCCAAGCAGGACAUCUGAAAAUUCAUCAAAGAAGACAUAGUGGUGAGAAGCCGUUUAAGUGCAAGCAAUGUAACAAGGCCUUUAGCCAGGCAGGAGAUCUGAAAAGACAUGAAAGAACAUACAGUGGUGAGAAGCCGUUUAAGUGCAAGUAUUGUAACAAGGCCUUUAGCCGGGCAGAAAAUCUGAAAGUACAUGAGAGAAGACACACAGGUGAGAAGCCAUUUAAGUGCAAGCAUUGUGACAAGGCCUUUAUCCAGGCAGGAAAUCUGAAAGCACAUGAAAGAGGACACUCAGGUGAGAAGCCAUUUAAGUGCAAGCAUUGUAACAAGGCCUUUAGCCAGGCAGGAGAUGUAAAAAGACAUGAAAGAACACACAGUGGUGAGAAGCCAUUUAAGUGCAAGUGUUGUAACAAGGCCUUUAGCGAGGCAGGAAGUCUGAAAAAACAUGAGAGAACGCACAGUGGUGAGAAGCCGUUUAAGUGCAAGCAAUGUAACAAGACCUUUAGCCAGGCAGGACAUCUGAAAGCACAUGAAAGAAUACACACUGGUGAGAAGCCGUUUCAGUGCAAGCACUGUAACAAGGCCUUUAGCCAGGCAGGAAAUCUGAAAAAACAUGAAAGAAUACACACUGGUGAGAAGCCAUUUAAGUGCAACCAUUGUGAGAAGGCGUUUCGCUGGGAACGAUAUGUGAGAGCGCAUGAACGAAUACACACGGGUGAAAAACCUUUCAGGUGCAAGCAGUGUAACAAGGCCUUU